AGAAGAGCGCAUAUAACAGCUGAUUGCGGCGAAAACCUAGCUUCGUCUGCAGCCGACACGAGAGUGCCUCGUGCUGUGCUCACGUGUGUGUUUGUGUGUGUGUGCAGUGCAUUUGACACUUCGGUUCACGUUUCUGACAGCUGCAGUUACCGUUGCAAUUGCUGUAUUUAUUUUCGCACUUCCGAGGAAACAAUAAAAAAGUGUGUUUGUUUUUUUCUUCACAAUUUUGAUGUUGCUGGCCAUGCGAAAACGUAAAAAAUCGAGUCUCUUUCAUUUCCUAAUGCACAAAUCCGUUUGGCUCAAGCCAAAUGCAUUUAAGUGAGAGUGAGCGAGCGCGAGAGAGUGAGAAAACUGAGAGCGGAAAUUGAGACUGUCACGAACUUGCCGCAUUAGCACACAACCAACAACAACAACUACAACUACAACAACAACAACAAGAGAAACAACGCUCCUCAGAGAAACAGAUUUGUAUAAAUUGCACCGGAAGUGCGACUCAGCCGUCAGGAAAACCGACACCAAGUUCGAGAGUCAGUCCCAAUUCCAGUUGCAGUCCCCAUCUCAAUUCCAAUUCCACAUCGACCUGGAGUGAAAUUUCAAUGGGCAAUGCACACAGCCAGAACCGCGGCGGCGGCGGCGGCGUCGCUGCUCUUGAAAAGUCAGCAGCAGCGUCGGGCAGCCUGCUGCGACUGGCCGCCGUUGGGACACACAAUUCGCAACCUGGUGGGGGCAUGCCCCAACCAGCAGCGGAGGAGCAGCGACGCAGCAGUCGGGCGCGAGUUUUCAGCCGUAUGGCUAGCCAGAAGCGAAUCCGGGACGCAUUCCUGCAGGCAACAGUCGCUAGCACGCCCGUGUCGCCCACUUCGUUGGCGGCGUCGCCAAUUCACGAGUGGAGCGCAGCGGAAGUGGAGACUGGACAAUUGAAUGCCAGCGUGGAACAAAUGGAUUUUCAUCUCAAUAAUAAGGAUCUGUUGGAGUUGCAACGACGUUGUCGUGCCGAUAAAAUCGCCUGCCUCAGUUUGAGUCGCAUCACGUACCUGAGCAUUGCCAAUGAACGACUGGCGGAGGGGCAGGAGCGGGGGGCAGAGCAACAGCAGCAGCAGCAACAACAACAGCAGCAGCAGCAGCAGUUGUUGAUAAUAACGCCGGAGAGUUCGCCGGACGAGCGAAUGGCGCUGCAGCUGGGCAAGAAACUGGCUCAGGUGCUGGGCACUACAGCCACCACGCCCACCAUUGAAACGCCUACAGCAGCAGCAGCCUCAGCCACAACAACAACAACCGGUGGCGCCUCCGUUGCGGUUGCAACGCCCCGCGUCGACUCUCCGCUGGGCAAUGGCGAAAUGUUUAACAUAUCCAAGGCCAAAAAGGUCGAACUUCAAAAUCUGUCAUCGCGUUUCAGUGCUGCCGUCAAUCCCCCAGCCACGCCCACAACAAGCGCGACGGAGGCGUCACCAGCAGCAGCAGCAGCAGCAGCAGCAGCAGCAACAACUACAACAACAGGGACGCCAACAUCGUCAUCCGCAUUGUCGUCCGCGCUGGAAACGCAAUCAACUGUUAUAAUUUCGUUUAAAUCAUCUCAAACACCUGUGCUGUCUCAAAGGCCAGCAGCGACAGACAAUGCUGCCACUGCUACUGCCACUGCUGCUGCCACUGCUAGUGCGGGUGGCGAGGAGCUGUUGCAGCUGGCAGAGGAAAUGGAUGGCGAGGCGCCACCGCUGCCGCCACCGCCCGGCUACGGAACGCCAACAAAUCCGCUGCUGUCUAGCAAUGUGCUCAAAAAGGUGGCCAGCUUCUCGGUCGAGAGAUCGUCGGUGGGCAACAGCAGCAGCAAUAACAACAACAGCAGCAGCAAUUGCUGUGCGCUCGCUGCUCAGUCGCCCGUUGUGGCGCCGCCUAGCGACGAGAAGGAGUCAACAUUGACGGCAACGCAACUGGAACAGCAGCAGCAGCAAAAUUACGCUGGGUCGCGACGCGGCUCAUCUUUUGUGCCGGAAAAGUUAAGCUUCGCUGCCUAUGAAAAGUUCGAAGGUCAAAUGCUGAUCAAAUGGCUAAUCUCAACGCUGCAGCAGAGCAGCUCACCGGGCAUCGUUGGACAGGAAUCUUUAAAUGCAAUGGCUCUGCAGUUUUGUCAUAAUCUCAAAUAUGUCGGCGUACUCAAGCAGAUCUCCAACGAGCAGCAGCAGCAUCAGCAGCAGCAGUUGGAAUCGACAUCCGGCUUUAGUCCCUAUGAGAUGUACCAGUGGACGCACACGGAGCAGCCAACCACAUCGCUGCCCCUCACACCCGGCAAACUGGAUAAGGUUGCCGCCUGGCCAUUCUCCAGCACACCAGCGGCGGCUGCAGCAGCGGCAGCUGCCUCACAGAAACCCUUGGAAGGCGCCGGCUCCACGCUGACCGACAGCCAGAAGACACUGCAACACAUACUGCGCAAGCGUCUGCUCAAUUGUGCCACUCUGGCCGAAGUCCAUGCUGUUGUCAAUGAGCUGCUGAGCAGCGUGGAUGAGCCACCGAGGCGUCCCUCGAAGCGCUGCAUCAAUUUCACGGAGCUCCUCAACGCCAGCGAGGCAACCAUUUACGAGUACAAUAAACCGCAGGAGAGCAAAUGCUUUGCGGAUGCCGCCAGUCAAACCAAUGACGAACUGUGUCUCGGCUCCUGCAAGUGUGCCGCUGCCCAAGAGCAACAAAAUGGUGCAACUGCUGCUCCAGCAAUUGCAGCAGCAGCAGCACCACCGCCGCCGCCACCACCUCCCCCACCGCCACCGCCUGUGCCCGGCCAAGCAGCCGCCGGUGCGCCACCGCCACCGCCACCACCACCACCUGGUAUUGGUGGACCACCCCCGCCGCCGCCACCAGCACCGCCUGCCCUUCCCAAUGCUGGCAAUAUGCCACCGCCGCCACCCCCGCUGAGCACCUCCAAGUCGGGCACAGCGAUCUCGCCCGCACCACUGCCAGAUCCCGCUGAGGGCAACUGGUUCCUUCGCACAAGCGUACAACGUAAGAGUGCCGUUAAUCCGCCAAAGCCGAUGCGUCCGCUUUAUUGGACACGGAUUGUGACGUGUGCGCCGCCCGUGCCGCGUCCACCUUCGGUGGCCAACUCAACGGAUAGCACAGAUAAUAACACCAGCUCGCCGGAAGAGCUGCCCACAGCUGCUGUUCCCUCAACGUCGCCAGUUCCUGCCGCCGCAGCGGUACCCGCACCAGCUCCACCCACUAAAGAGAUGUGGACUGAGAUUGAUGAGACGCCACUGGACAAUAUCGAUGAAUUUACCGAGCUCUUCUCGCGCCAGGCAAUCGCACCAGUUAGCAAGCCAAAGGAGCUCAAACUGAAACGUGAGAAAUCCAUCAAGGUGCUGGAUCCGAAACGUUCGAGGAAUGUGGGCAUCUUCUCCAGAAGUCUGCAUAUGCCGUCCAGUGAGAUUGAGCAUGCGAUUUACAAUGUGGACACCUCAGUGAUUAGCCUCGAAACGCUGCAGCAGAUUAGUCAUAUGCGUGCAACGGAUGAAGAGUUGCAGCGUAUCAAGGAGGCGGAUGGCGGUGAUAUUCCACUCGAUCAUCCGGAGCAAUUUCUGCGCGACAUCUCCCUCAUCUCCAUGGCCAGUGAGCGCAUCUCGUGCAUAGUCUUCCAAGCCGAAUUCGAGGAAUCUGUGACGCUACUCCUGCGCAAGCUGGAGAUUGUUUCCCAGCUCUCGCAGCAGCUGAUGGAGAGCGAGGAUCUGAAGCUUGUCUUCUCCAUCAUACUGACGCUGGGCAAUUACAUGAACGGUGGCAAUCGACAGCGUGGUCAGGCAGAUGGCUUCAAUCUCGAUAUACUUGGCAAACUGAAGGAUGUCAAGUCGAAGGAGUCGCACACAACACUGCUCCACUUCAUUGUGCGCACCUACAUAGCACAACGACGCAAGGAGCGAACGCUGCAGGAGAUGACGCUGCCCAUUCCCGAACCCUCGGAUGUAGAACGUGCCGCCCAGCUGGACUUUGACGAGGUGCAGCAACAGAUCAAGGAACUCAACAAGAAGCUCAUGGCUUGUAAGCAGACUACGGCCCUGGUGCUGAGUGCAUCCAGUAAUAAUACCGAACCCUUCAAGUCGAAAAUGGAAGAGUUUACGGCGAGUGCUGAGAAAUCGGUUGCCAAAUUGAAUCAGCUUAUCGAUGAGUGCCGUGAUCUCUUCCUGGAAACUAUGCGCUUCUAUCACUUCUCGCCCAAGGGCUGUACUCUGACAUUGGCUCAGUGUAUGCCCGAUCAGUUCUUUGGUUAUUGGACUAAUUUCACCAACGAUUUUAAGGACAUUUGGAAGAAGGAACUAACAAACCUGAGAAAUGAAAUCAUCAAGAAACCGAAACAGGUGCCUGUGGAAAAUCGUCGCGAUAUCUCCGUUAAAGAGCGGAUUUCAUGCAAAGCACGCGUGCGACGCAGCAAAAACUAGUUGUUAGUUCAAAAUUAGCAGUACUUUUAUGUAAGCUUAAUAAUAAUAAUAAUAAUAAAAGGAGAAAAACGCCUCGCACACCAUGCGAAAUUACUCAAAA